CUCCCACACUCUAUCCCUCAUUUGGGGUUUGGCGCCAAUUUAUUGUUGGAAGGCUAAAGCAAAAGAAAAGCAAACCCUUGAAUCGAAUAAUCAAUGGCUUCAAGCUCUGGUGCAGAAGAAGCGUCACUGGACGAUUACGCUUCCUUGAUUGCAACCACCGAUGUGGAGCUUCUGAAGCGAGCAUGGCGCAACGAGAAGGCGGCGCCGGAGAUUCUCCGCUACGAAUAUCGUUUGAUUUCCCGCGUCAAGGAACAGAUUCAACUCAUGGAGGAAACCGUGGAGGAGAAAUCCAGUGUCGGUAAUGAUCCUCUCUCAGUGUCUCUGUAUCAGAUGGACUUGGACAGAACGCAAUUUCUGUUGAGAUCCUAUCUCCGCAUCCGCAUACAGAAGAUUGAGAAGUACAUGUUCCACAUCCUAAAAACCGAAGAACUUUGGUCCAGGCUAUCCAAAGACGAGAAAGAUUUCGCCAGAACGUGUACAAGUGACCUAAACCAACAUCUGGAGUUGACUGUUCUGUCAAAGCUGCCAGAAAAUUAUCAGUCUGUUCUAAAGCAAUCUAUAACAAGUGAAGAAGACGACAUGGUCCCAGAACCACAACUGGACACAUUUGUUUUAUGUAGAAGUAAAGAGUAUCUAACGGGCAUUCAACUCGAAGAUGGACCUGCUGAUGACAGGUCGAAGCUGUUUGAGAUGGAGCCAGGUGUCCUCCAUUUCAUAUGUUACAGAUCAAUAAAACCACUUGUGGAGAGCGGCAAAAUUGAUCUACUCUGAUAAGUUCACUUUGGAUAUGUUCUUGAACAUUUUCACAUCAUCAGAUAAUAUUAUUUUUUUUGUUUCUUUUUUUUUUUUUUCUGAAGUGUUUUUUAAUUAACACCUGUUUAAAACUUGUAUCAUAAUAUAAUUUAGUAUUUCUGAAA